AUGCUCUCUCUUAUCCUCACUGCGGAACUCAACGGAGUCACCGAGCUUCGUCCUACCGAUACUGAGGAUGAGCCUUAUUACUACACCUUCAAGGUUCAAUGCAAUGCUUGUCGCGAGACUCACCCGAACUGGGUUAGCUUCAACCGCUUUGAGCAACAUGAGAUCCCUGGAAGCCGUGGAGAGGCCAACUUUGUGUGGAAAUGCAAACUUUGCACGAAAACUCAUUCGGCUUCGAUCAUGAAUAAGCCAAAUGCUUACGAGCCCCAGGAGAAGCGCAAAGGCCAGAAGGUCAUUGACCUCGACUGCCGUGGCCUGGAAUUCACUGAAUUCAAACCCGACGGAGAAUGGGAAGCCAAGGGUAUCGAGUCUUCCACUCCUUUCACAGCCAUCGAUCUCUCCGAGGGCGAGUGGUAUGACUACGAUGAAAAGGCCGGAGACGAGGUCGCCGUCAAGGAAAUCAGCUGGGAGAUUGGAAGAGCUUGA